UUCUUCCUGCCUGCUGUGUGCUGCCCAUUGGCUGCUGGAGCAGCAGAGCAGAAAUUCACUGUUGGCAUCUGGCAAAGCAGCAGGACACCUCUGCAUCUCGCUUCGGCAAAUGGCCAUGCAGAUGUCCUUAGAUAUCUGCUAAGAAAGAACAGCCAGCCGAAUCUCGCUGACAACUUGAAGAGAACGGCACUGAUGAAGGCAGUACAGCAGGAGCAGGAAGAAUGUGUUGCUAUUCUGCUGGAACACGGUGCCGACCCGAAUCUGGCAGACGCUGGCGGCAACACUGCCCUUCACCUGGCUGUCCUGUCCAAAAAUACAGCUGUAGCAGGGCUGUUACUCGAGCAUAAUGCCAGUAGUGAUGCUCAGAACCAGAUGGGAUUUACUCCCUUAAAACUUGCAGCCCUCCUACAGCAUGAGGAGAUUCUGGAGUGCCUUCUGAAAAAAGCAGCUGACAGGCAUGCUCAAGCCCAAUGUGAAAGGACUGCUUUUGUGGUUACUGGAACCCAUGAGGUUCACCUGGAGGAAGAUAAUCUGCGCUUGCAGGAGGAGUUGGACAGGGCUGACACGGAGGUAUGGAAAGCCUGUCCCUACAGGGAUAAACCUGGCGGUGCCCGUUGCUUCCUAUACAUCAUGAAAACGGACAAAACAGUAUUCUGGGAACCAGUAGGACAGAGACCUAAGGAAGUGGCAGUUACAUCGGGCUUUGAUCUGCCUCUGUCCCUCCGGCCCCCUGCCCCACAACCCGCCAUGCUGAGGCAGAGCUGCCUCUCCUUAGGGUUUCACCCGUGACCGGCCAGGGGGGCUGGGGUUCCUCUCUCUCUGCUACAUUCAAGAUUUUCCUGGUCUAAGAAGACUCCCCACACACCCCUGGCGUGAUUCUCGACUCCAGGGCAGGUCUGUGGAGCAGUUCACCUGGCUGCCUUUGCUGAAAUGGUGGUCAUUAGCUUGUCAGUGAUGCCAUCCUUCCUGGCCCCACCACACUGAAGCAGAGCCGCCUCUCCUCAGGCAUCCACUGCUUCCUGCUUAGGGGCUGCUGGGCACCUCUCUCUGUGCUACAGUCGGGGUCAUUCCCACUUAAGAAAACUCCCCAUGCUCCCCCUGUGCAAUCCUGGGCUCCAGAGCACAUGUGCCAGAGCACUUCACCUCUGACACUUGUGAGAUGCCUUCCUUUAGGAAGAUGAAUUA